AAGUUCGAAGUGAAAAUUUCUGCUGUUUCUGAACAUCUUCUCAAAUAUUUAAACCACAUCAUGGUACAGCUUGAAAGAAGACGAGGUUUGCUAUUUAGUGUUAUCAUUCUGGGAGCGAUUGUCAGUGGAAGUGUGUAUUAUUACGUACGUGACUACUGGAAUAUCGAAGCCAAGGUAAAAUCGCGUUUAAUAUUUUCAGCAUACAUUGUGAAUGUACAUGUACCAGUUUAUCUUGUACCACGACAAUUCUUGCCAUCGCAAGUGAUAUUUUGCCACAAAAGUUGAUAAUCUAUGACUUAGCAUAACAUUCAGCCAUUGUAAAUUUGUAGUUUCAUGACUUAACGGAUGACAAUAAUGUCAGGUUCAAUAAUACUCAUAUUGAUGUGUGUAAUACUACAUACAGUGCAACUUUUAACUAAUUCUAAAAGAAAUGUUUUACUUACAAAGUUGUUCAUGCUUAGCCUGUGUAUAUCGAGUUAUGGAUGCCCGCCCAGGAAGUUUGGUUGGAGAGCACGAAAGAUGCGUAAGAGUUGCUCGAGGAGCAGCCGAGAACAACUCUAGCUUCUUGCGUGCUCUCCAAACUUCCCAAGUGCAUCCAUAACUCGAUAUACACACAGCUAAAAGCAUAAGCAAAUUCUUUUAUAAUGUAGCUGACAAAAAUGCUUGCUUCUCGAUUAACUGCAAAAUUCUCGUAAGGCACGACACAGGAAAACAAAUGCUUCUAUUAGCUGGUUACAAACACUCCGCAGUCAUCUAGUUUGAAAGAAAAUUUGCUUAUAUAUUCAUUAACGGUCAAUGGAAACUAAGCAGAAACAAAGGUAAAAGAGUCUUAAAGUCCACCUAAAGUUAAAAUACUCACAUGUUCGUUAGAAGACAUGGAAUAUGGUUUGAAUUCGUUGAAAAGAUGUUUGUUUUGUUCGGCGAAAUCCAGAAAACUUGUUUUUUAGCAAAGACGACUCUCAUCCUACUUUUUAUUCUUUUACAAACAAUGGCUGGUCAUUACGGCUUCUUGAAAAUACCUGGCAGCAGAUUGUUUUUGUGAGUUAUACAAAUGUAAAUUCAUGUCUUCUUGUGUAAUUUGUCUUGCUAUUGCAAGAGAAAUUUUCCUGCAUCAGUCGGAUUGUUCAGCGAUAACAACAGUGCUUAAUUUUUCACUAUUAAGCUUAAUUUAUAAUUAACUUACAAGUUUUGUAAAGGAUAAAGAAACGUUAAAAAUGGAGGACACUUUAUACAAAUUGGAUAUUUCCUGACACAGACCAAUUUGCGGUCUUUUUUCCAGCUGAAUGUCAGUCAGCUGUGCCAAACACAGCUGAACAUGUCAUCAGGAAAGAAAUUCUUAUUAACACACGGGCGUGCGUAAAUAAAGGUUUUGUUCAUAGCGGCUUAAUAGGACUUAUAUAAAUAGUUUCCUUUUUGCCUUGCUGCUGUUCAAUGUGGGUAGAAAAAAGUGGUGCAUGAGUGGCAGGCAGGAUGUUCUUACCACAUUGAAUGGGCUACGUCAUUUUAUAUCUGUACCCCCUGGUUAAGGACUUAAGAUUAAAUAGAAUUGCAUUUAACCCUGAACACUUUCAAAAAGUAUUAGUCUAUCCCCUGAAGAAUAUGUCUCCACCCCCUGAAAAAUAUGUGUCUACCCCCUUAAGAGAAUAUGGGUCUACCUCUGAAAAGUAUGGGUCCUAACCCCUGAAGAAUAAUAUUAUGGGUUUACCCCCUAAAGAAUAUGGGUCUACCUCUGAAGAAUAUAGGUCUACCCCUGAGGAAUUUCAUAAAAAUUGAAGCUUCGCCCUCAAAGAACGAAUCCAAGCACCAUCAUGUUACAUGUAGAUAAAACAAAGAUAAUAAUUUGCCCAUGAUGACACCUUCUCAUGUUUAUGUCAGGCUACGCAAACACAGAAAAUUUUUUGUAUUAAAUCUAAGGAAAAUUGCCAGUGAAUGGCCAACAAAAGCAUCCCAGGUGCAUUUCUUUCUGGCAAAAUUAUUGUGUUCAGAUUGGUAAAUUAGUCUUGUGUAUAAUCUAUAUACAUUUUUACAACUGUCAGGUAUCUGGGUAAUCUGUUUGUCAUGUGUUGCUAUCUAAUAACAGAAAGACUGCCCUGCAUGCCAAGUUAAUUUUUUGGAAAUUUAAUUGCCUGUGGGAAUCAGAGUUCUGUCUCAUUUCACAUUUUUUGCUAUUUUCUUCUUCUUGUUCGUCUAUAGCAGACAUCAAGCAAAAUAAAUUAGUGAUACUGCAAAACCUGCAUGUAAACACAAUUAUGCAAAGCAGUUUGAGGUAAAAGUGUUUUUUAAUUAAGGGCUGGAGACUGAUACAGUGUGUAUUAAGUGUUUCACUGACAGCAAAAUGCCACAUGCCAGCAUACAAUAUACAAUGAUAAAAUGGGAAAUUCAAUUAUACACUGAGCCUAACAAUAAAUGUUUGUAGAAUUUUGUCCCACUUGCUUGUCACAAUGAAAAAUUCUUAUUUCUUAAUGUAACCAUUAUGAUUUAUUUUAAAAUUUUAGGAAGCCCGUGUUGUUGAACUUGAGAAAUUGAUAAAAGACAAACAGGCCAGAGUGAAAGCAUUACAAGAAAGCAUUGAUGGCAAGAAAUAA